CCCAAUUAUAUUAUGAUUUUACUUCCCCUCUUCUACUCUUCCAAAUGGGCUGUUUCUCUAUUGGAUUUCUAUUUUCUCCACUCCUCUGAUCUCUUCAACCCUAUUCUCCCUUUCUGGCCAAGGAGGCUGAACUGAACAAGGCCUGCAAGAUGGUCCCCAAUGAGGUGAAGGUGAAUGGAGUUAAGAUAGAUGGGUUGGAAGCAGCUGAAACCUCCCAGCCAGUUCACGUUAAUAUCCACAUCCACCAGGAGUCAGCUUUGCCUGAGCUUCUCAAUGCUGGGAAAUCCCUGUUGAAAUUCUUUGUUAAGCCUGCUGGCACUCUUGAGUUGAGUGCAAGAAAGAGUCGACUACAGUUGGCAACCUGGACUGCACAGAUAAUAUUGGGAGCCACGAGUGGGGCCCUAGGAGUCUUCUUCUACAUUGGCUCCUUCUACCAAUUAAGGUAUUCUGGAGCUGCUUUCUGGACUGGAGCUGUGGCUAUUUCAGCUGGAGUUGUUGCCAUCAUUCAAGAGAAGUGGAGAGGUACGUGGUGGAGCUUCCUGAAAAACCUAUUCAUUCUGGCAACUAUUUCUACUUCCAUUGCUGCCAUUGCUAUCUGUGCUCAAGAGCUACAACACUCAUUCUACUACAUUGAGAGUGUAUGUGAUAAAGAAAGCUUUUGGCCCACUCGGGCCUAUAACACUCCAGAACCACAGGAAGCCUGGAAGAAAAGCCAGUGCUUGGAUUACAUGAACAUGUUGCGGAGCCUGAGUAAAGGAAUUACGAUCAUGGCACUACUAGUCUGGAUCACACUGCUGGUGGUGACACUGGUUCCUACAGGGUUUACCCUGGUGUACCUAUGCUUCUGCUGCCAGAGCAACGUGCUACCUGAAGAGGAUGUAGAUGAGAAGAAACCACUUCAUGGAGAGUUGAACGUUGCAUCCCCUGCCAUGGUGGCAGGGUCCUGUGAAGCUUGAACCUCAGCUGAGCUAGCUGGUUCUGAAAUAACCUAUUAUUCCUCUUUAUACAUACAUAUAUCCUGAUGUCACUGCUCAGUCCCACUCCAAACAAUAAUAAAGUGAGCUCUUCCCACAAUUUCUUCCCAUCCUGCCUCUUCCCACAAUUUCUGGGAGUUCCCUGCUUAUCCUCCUUACUUCGCCAAAAAUCUGAUAAUGAAACAAUGACUGCAGCCCUGGGUCCUUCCUUCUUCCCCAGCCCCUUUCUUUUCCCCUGCCCUCUUGUUUCCUCCAAAGGACUUUUCCAAACUCUGAAGGGAGGUGGAAUUAGACCCAAAGGAAUGGAAGGGCCCCAACCCCUUGAAACUUCUCAAGUGUUUAUGGAGAAGGAAGGACCACAGAGCUGUAAAUAAUGCGUUAGAAGAGUCUAGGGCUCUGGCUAGGGGUGGAGAAUGUUACCAUUAAGUGAGAGCAAUAACACAGCUGAUUAUAGCUACAACUGAGGCCAAGGAGAUAGUUGAGGGAAUAACCUAGCAAGUUUUUUGGAAGGGUAGAGAGCAGUUAGUCAAGCAAAAGUAUACCAGGGAAGGAACUGGACUUGGAAAUGAGCCUUGCUCUUUUUUCCUGCCCCUUCAUCCUUAACCUCCUCCUCAACCAUACCACACCACCAAAACCUUUUGCCUCCCACCCACACAGCCAUCUAAGUUGUAAAUGUUCUGGGACCUAGCCAAAAAAAAAAAAUCUUCAUCCUCAGAAUAAAUCAGACUCAAGGGAGAUUCCCCCACCCACUAAGAUUCCCUUAGCACAUUUGUCUAGACAGAACAGUUCAGAAUGGAUUAACCCUUACCAUAACACUCAGCCCCACUACCCAAGGCAGUGACUUCUUCAGUAUAUGCAAAGUGAGCCACAGGAUGGGGUUAGUAAGAGACAAAACAGGAAUAAAGGAGGAACUACUUGGUGUUGCACUGAAGCUGACUUAACCUGUCUUCUUUGAGUCAUCAUAUUUUUCAGAGCCGGACAAUUAGUGUGUCCCUGAGGAUCCCACCAUCUACAAGACAGGCACCAGUCAGUCUGCACCAGAUUGUUGAUGUUGAUAAACUGUUGAUGCAGCUGGCACCCUUCCAGUUAAGCAGAGCCCCCUUCCUCCAUGGUCCCAUGUUCCCAAGCCCUCCUGCUCCCUCUUGCUCCUCCUCCCAUGCCACUCCCAUUUGGGAAGGGAUUGCCCUCCAUUCCUUCCAUGAGACUUUCCCUUCUUUGUAACUCAUAAUAUUCAAGUUGCUGUCUAGAUUGCAAACUCCUUCAAACUUGGCAUGUGCAUGGGCCUUUCUCUUGUAAUAAAUUACUGCCCAUAUUUUAUGAA